UUUCCUCUUUAUCUAAAAAAAGCUCUGUUGAACUAUAAGCUUCCACUAGUCAAAUAAACGAGGAUUCGGAAUCUACCGGAAAAAAUGGACAAAAAGAACAAACGAAACCAGAGAAACAAGAUGACAGCAAGAAGGCACUUCAAUCCAAACACACCCAGAAUGUUGAUUGAACAAGCGUUUUCCAGAUUCACGAACGUCGCGACAACCAACGCAAAAGUCGAAUUGGAUUGGGAUGCUCUGGAUCGGAUGAAUGAUAUUUACGCAGACAUGAUCGAGAAUUGGUCUUACACCCAACACAUGAACAGAGAGGCUCUUGAACGAGUAAAGUUGGACGCACGAUUGGCGAUGUUGAUGACUUUGAUCAGAGAGCUCGCUCUCGCCACACCCGAUGGUGAGAUGCACAAGAUUGCCAUGUUUCAUAAUCUUUGCCGUUCCGAAUUCGUGGCGUUUCCAUCAUCUUUGGCCUCGGCAAUUGACAAUAAUGGAGAAUGUGAAUUUGAUGAAUACAUCGUGCGCAUCAAGGAUAAAGUUUACAACAUCCACAAAUUUUCUUUUUACUUGGCCCGAGUCUGGAUGGAUCAUCCAUCAUUCCGAGGCCUUUACGAUCUUGAUUUUCGACACGCCGUCACUGAACGAUAUCUAAUUCAAAAAGCGAAUACAGACGAUGCGAUCGAAGCUGGUCAGAUCGUCCAAACUGUGAAAUUGCACGACCAACCCUACGAACCUUUCUUUGGCGACGAAGCGAGUAUUAAGGCUAUCAAAGGGAAAGUCGAAACAAUCUUGCAAUCCAAGUACGAGCAAGGAUAUGUUGAGCAGGUCGUCAAGUAUGCUCCAAGACAGAUUCCCGCUUGGCAAGGAGGGACUGCUACCGAAGUGGAUUUGAUCACCGUUUAUGAUCCUUUGACUGCCGUAGAAGUCCGUCGCUUUUAUCCCGUACUUAGAAUCUCAGAACACCGCAGCGAACAGAUGAACCCCCUUCGAAUAUGGAUUGGUCUCAUGAACCUGGAGAUGCCUGACCAUCAACAAAUGGUAUGUGCAGCUUUGAUGUUGGUCGCGAAUAGAAGUUGGUUUUCUAUUCGCAAUUACAACAACAAAUUGCAUCGACUUGUUCCUGAAGUACCAGCCGCAUGGAACAUUACGCCGGCCACCCUCUUGGACACUUUGAAUCUACGACUCUUCCGGAUGAUUGGAGAAGAAAGCGGUCGGGAUACGAUUCCUGUAGUCGUCGACGACGUUUUCGAUUACUUGGAUAACGGAGCGUGUUCCAUGCUCGAAAGGAUCUUUCAAACGAUCGUUAUGUAG